ACUUGCGGGCACAAGCUCAGUGCCCCGCUCCCGCCGCGCCCGCUGCUCCUUCCACUCGGUGCGAGCUCGCAGCCGCCUGUGCCCCGAAAGGUGGCCAGACGAGCGCGGCGAGCCCCGAGGGAUCGGUCCUCAGCUCCUGCGACGCAACGCCUCCAGCAGCAACAGUAUAGACAGUGUGCAGUCUGCGCAUCUCAUUGCCCACUGGUGCAGAGACUGAGCUGCACCUUGUCUCCCGCCUGCCUGCCAUCACCAUGACACCCACCUGCACCAACAACACUCGAGAGAACAACAGCAGCCAACCGUGCAUGCCCUUCUCCAAGAUGCCUAUUAGUAUAGCUCACGGCAUCAUCCGAGCCACUGUGCUGCUCGUCUUCCUCAGUGUAUCCUUUGUGGGCAAUGUAGUGCUGGCUUAUGUCUUGCACCGUAAGCCACAGUUGCUGCAGGUGACCAACAGGCUCAUCUUUAACCUCCUCGUCACUGACCUGCUGCAGAUUUCUCUUGUGGCCCCCUGGGUGAUGUCCACCUCCAUUCCUGCCUUCUGGCCUCUCAAUAUCCACUUCUGUACAGCCCUGGUUAGCCUCACCCACUUAUUUGCCUUUGCUAGUGUCAAUACCAUUGUGGUGGUGUCAAUAGAUCGCUACCUGUCCAUCAUCCACCCUCUUUCCUAUCCAUCCAAGAUGACCCAGCGACGUGGUUAUAUGCUCGUCUAUGGCACCUGGAUUUUGGCUGUCCUGCAGAGCACACCUCCUCUCUAUGGCUGGGGCCAGGCUACUUUUGAUGAACGUAAUGCUCUCUGUUCCAUGAUCUGGGGAGCCAGCCCAAGCUAUGCCAUUGUCACUGUGAUAUUCUUCAUCGUUGUUCCACUGGUUGUUAUGAUUGCCUGCUACACUGUGGUGUUUGGUGCAGCACGUCGGCAGCAUGCUCUCCUGUACAACGUCAAGAGCCGCAGCUUGGGGGUGAGAGUCAAGGACUCUGUGAAGACUGAGAAUGAACGGGGAAUAAAGAAGAGGGAUGAGUGCCAGGAUGAGAAUGAAUUCCAAUGCCAAGGUGAAGGUCAGGCCAAGACUAAGGAAAGCAGCAUCGAGAUGGAAGAGAGUCCCAUGGAAGCUGGGGACAUCGUCAUGAAGGCCAGAGAAAGAAGCCCUGGUUUAAGUGCAGGUAUUGCUGAGUCCAAGGGCAGUGAAGAGGUCAGUAAUGGCAGCAUGGAGGAUCUGGAAGACGGCAGUGAAGUUCAGGAGAGCAGAAUAGAGGUCAAUCAGUGCAACAUUGAUUUGGGUGAAGAUGACAUAGAGUUCGGCAUGGAUGACGUCCAUUUCAGUGAAGAUGAUGUUGAGGCCAUGAACAUCCGAGAGAGCCUUCCAACCAGUCGUCGGAACAGCUACAGCAACCCACCUUUGCCCCCGUGCUAUGAAUGCAAAGCUGCAAGAGUGAUCUUCCUCAUCAUUUUCUCCUAUGUGCUGUCUCUGGGGCCCUACUGCUUUCUAGCUGUCCUGGCUGUGUGGGUGGAUGUGCAAACCGAGGUACCCCAGUGGGUGAUUACCAUAAUAAUCUGGCUUUUUUUCCUGCAGUGCUGCAUCCACCCUUAUGUCUAUGGUUACAUGCACAAGUCCAUCAAGAAGGAAAUCCAGGAGGUACUGAAGAAGUUUGUCUGUAAGAAAAGGCCGUCUACAGAAGACAGCCACCCUGACCUGCAUGAAACCGAAGCUGGCACAGAGGGAGGCACUGAAGGCAAGGUUGUCCCCUCCCAUGAUUCUGCUACUUCACCUUAAAGUUAGUUCUAAGGCAAGCUUUUCACUGUCCACAAAACAGAAAACAAGAGCAGCUUUCUUUUCAGUGCACCACCCACAAUCUCAUUUGUGCCAAUCCUUACCAUUUCAGGCAAAGGUGUUGCACAUGCAUCCUUUUCCACCACAAGGCAGGUAAAUAUAAGGAAGAAGUAGAGACGUGGCUCUUUCCUGAAAGGUAUAAGCCUGUCAAAGAAUGGACUUGAGGAUUCCUAUCAAUUAUAUACAUAUUAGGCUCUAAAUUUCCUAAAACAAGGGCUACCUGGUUUGGAACUGUUCUUGGUAUUUUGCCUGCCUCCCCAGAGCUACAAUAUAGCAGCUUUAGCUCUGAGUAAAAGGGAAAGUGAUGCCUGUGGACAUAAGAACUAUUUGGCCUUUAGGUCAGAAACUCGUGGGCAGGGGGUACAUAUUGUGUUCAACUGAAAGAAAAGCAACUGAUCAAAUCACUUUUGGAGCCCUAAAAGCACAGCUAGGUGUACUGAUCAUCACAGGAACAGAUUUCUGUACUGAAGAGCCCUACAAUACGGUGCAGAGACUAUAAUGCAAAUUUUGACAAAGGGGAAUUGUGCAGCUAGAAUAUGAAGAAAGCAUCUAGGUCCUCUAAAGGGAUCCAGAAAAGGGCAUACACGAAAUGAAGAGCUAGUUCAAGGGAAGAAAUGGAGAAAUAAGUCGUAUCCAUGGAGCUAAACGAUUGUGUGUUUCUUUUUCUUUCUCUCUCUCCUCUCUUUCUCCAUCCUCCCGUACCCUGAGAUUCUUCAUGGGCUGGGACUGACCUCUGUGCAAAUGGAAAACUGUCAAGUGACACAAAUAUUUUCUGUCUCCCAUUUGAGUAACAGCAGGAAAGAAAUCAAGCCAGUAUUUCACUAUUUCCCUUCUGUACUCCAGCUGGAACACUCAUGAGAAUACUUUUGACCUCUACCAACCACUUGUGUUUUACUUUCUUUUAUUUCAAACUGAUGUUUGGGUUAAACAAUUUUUCAGGUUUUUUUAAAAAAAAAGAAAUUCAAGUAUGAAUGGUCACAGUUCUAGAAAACUCACACUGCCAAUGAAUUUUAUGUCCAUAAGAAGACUCUUUUAUCUCUGUAACCUAAUAAACAUGCACUAGUUUCUCCAUAUGAGGAUAAUCAUGUUCCUUCCUCCAGGCACACACAACUUUUCAACCUGUGGCUCUCUCUAAAACUUGUACAAAUGCAGAAAUGUCGGAGAGGACUGUUUCCCAAUACCUAGCAAAGAUUUGAACUAUUCCAAAGAAUCUGAAGAUCAAAGCAUCUGAACAAAGCAUAUCUUAUUGAUUACUACUGAAACACACCUCUUGUAAUAUGAAAAUUACCCCCAGGGCAAAUACCCAAAUAAAGUUUUAAAAUAUCAAACAGGAAAUCACUUUUGGCAAGGACAGAGCUAACAUAUUUCAGAGAGCACAGGACAUAUUUAAAGACAAAAUAACAUGCAACCAAAAACUAGUAAGCAAGUGUUGCUGAAGCAGAUACCGACUGUUAAGAUGGGAGGAGGGAUAUUUGAUUAAAAAUGAUUAAACUGGAGGUUUACAUGAUGGUAGCCAUAGUCAGAGGUUAAUAUUCUUCAUUCAUUUAUAUGUUAUCUCUUCCUCCUCACAGAUUCCAGCGUGAGCUUCUCAAAGGGGGAGAGGUAAACAGCUGUGAAUAAGUGUGUGUGUGUGGGGG